AUGGAGUCGAGAAUAAGCGUGUCCCCUCUACCUCCGCAACCAUCAUUUCCGGCAUCGCCCUCCUCAAGCCCACGAAAACGGUCUAUACACGAGGUUGAGGAAGCCGCGUUGUUGUCUCCAGGCCACAAGCGCUCUAUAAUCGAUUACAAUAACGAGAACCAGGAGAAUCGAGAUCCCUCGCUCCCAAUUCCUUCAAAGGAGAGCUCAACCACGAAAGAGCAACCCAUAUCCCGGCACACUACCCCCUCUGUUGCGAUUCAUGUCAAAUCUAGCGAUCUGGCCAUGAUGUCUGAUUCUCAAGAAACAACCCUUGGUUGCGUACCUUCUGUAGAGGCCCGACCGGUUCAGCAGCAACUUUCUUUUUCACCCGCUAAGUCCGACUCCACAUCUGCACCAGCUGCGAAGAAGCGGAAGCUAUCUCCUGCCAGCCAAGAUGCCAAGCAGCAGGAGAAGGAAGCCCGGGACCGCCAAAAGCUAGAAGAAAAGGCCAAGAAGGAGGAAGAGAAACGACUCAAGGCCGAGGAAAAGAAGAAGCGUGAUGAAGAGCGUGAAGAAGAAAAGAGACUAAAAGAGGAGGAGAAGAAGAAGCGUGAGGCGGAGCGUGAAGAGAAAAAGAAAGCCAAGGACGAGGAGAAAGCCGCGAAAGAAGCUGCGAAGGAAGAAGAAAAGCGGCGGAAAGAGGAAGAAAGACUGAAAAAGGACAGGACUCAACCCAAACUGAACUCUUUUUUCGCGAAACCACCAUUACCCCCUUCAACCACUCGACCUGCACCAGGCGACUCUACGUCUCCUAAAAAACCAGCCCCCAACUCCACGGAGCUUCACUUGACAAGCUCACCCAAAUCGACCAAGUCGGAUUAUGAAAAGACGUUUCCUGGAUUUUUCCUUCAUUCACAUACCCGGCUUGCGCCCUCUCAUCGAUUUGAGCGAGAUCCAGAGGCUCUCGAGCACGUUUGCCAAAAACUUGAUGCUUCCCUUUCUGCCAGCCAGGCGAAUCCUCAGGAACCCCUCCCUUUCCGAUUCUCUGAAAUCUUCAACAUUAUCCCCUUUCAUCGUCGCUGUGGCCGGUCCAGGCGGUCUGUAAAAGACAUCCUGCUGAGAAUCCAGCACAGCAGCGACGAGUCACUGAUGGAGCUGGACGAUGAAGACCAAGUCCAAGCCGCGGAGGAUGCCCGCGAUAUCCUUCGUCAAAUUCCAAUGAAGACACUGAGGUUCAGCGAGGACGUGCGCCCUCCGUAUCAAGGCACGUUCACCCGCUCUGUGCCCGCGCAGUCUGCCAGAAAGCUUUCCCGGAAUCCUUACCAUCGCGGCCUUCCGGACGUGAAUUAUGACUACGAUUCCGAGGCCGAGUGGGAGGAGCCCGAGGAGGGCGAGGACCUGGACUCAGAGGAAGAUGAUGAGGGUAGUGACGACGGUGACGAUGAUAUGGAUGGCUUCCUCGACGACGAGGACGAUGCUCUCCUUGCUGGCAAACGACGUCUCAUCGUGGGUGAUCUUGAACCCGUUUGCAGUGGCCUUCACUGGGCGGCGAAUGGUGUGGACCCUGACAUGAAGGUCUACCAAAUUGAGACCAUCUCCGAGGCUGUAAAGUUUCCCAUUGACCCCUUCUCGGCGGCGUAUUGGGAAAAGCCCAAGCCGGCGGAGCCAGCACCUACUCAGACCCGGAUUGUACCGCCUGGCACGAACACUCUGGACGUUUUCCGGGUGUCUCCUGCGCCAGGUAUACCUACCGUUAGCGCUGCUCACCCACCAGCAACCACCAAGGCCAAGCGCCCAUUCCCGCCGGAACUGCUGGAUGAAUUCAGGCAGGCAGUCGAGGCCAGUGACUUGAAUAAGAUCGGGACGGUUGAGAUCUUAAAGAAGAGAUUCCCAAAGGUUUCAAAGGAUACCCUCAAGGCUACACUGGACCAGUAUGCCAUGCGCGUGGGUCAAAAAGAGACGGACAAGAAAUGGGUCUGGCGCUGA